AUGGAACUCAACCGAGAACAUUUUCGCGCCAUAAUUUAUUACAACUUUCAGAGACAAUUAUCGCAACAAGAAUGCCUUGCUGACUGCAAACUCAUCAUUGAAGAUAGACAUGUGACAUAUCGCGAGAUUGAGGCGUCCUUGAAGAUCUCAAAGACCUCAAUUCAAAAAAUUUUACAUGAAGAAUUAGGAGUAAGAAAAUUAGUUUCUCGUUGGAUACCCCACCUAUUGACUGAAGAGGAGAAAGCAGCCAGGGUUAAACGCUUGACCGCCAACAAAGUCAUCCGUUCUCGAAGUGUUUCGAAAAAGAUGAUCGCGACAUUUGUGUCAAAAGCGGGUCAUAUUGCAACAAUUCCUCUUAAUGAGCAAAGAAAAGUUACUGCGGAUUGGUAUACCACCAUUUGUUUCAAAAAGGUCAUCACCGAGCUUCGAAAAAUCAACCCCGAAAGAAGAAUCAUCCUCCACCAAGACAAUGCAAGCUCGCACACGGCCCAAAGAACAAGGCAGUAUUUAACGGAAGAAAACGUGGAAUUAUUGGACCAUCCUCCAUAUAGUCCCGAUCUAAGUCCUAACGAUAUCUUUAUUUUCCCGAAAAUUAAAAACAGACUGCGUGGUCAAAGGUUGCAUUCAUCAGAAGAAGCAGUUGAUGCAUUCAAAAAAGCCGUUUUGAAUCUGCCAGCAAACGAGUGGAAUAAGUGCUUCAAGAACUGGUUCGAGCGCAUGCAGAUGUGUAUUAAUCUUCGUGGAGAAUACUUCGAAAAACAAUAA